UGUAUAAGUUUUAUUACGAUUAAAGAAUUCGAUGAGCACAAUUCGCGAAGUGCUUACAGUUUUUGUGGGGCAAGCUGGAACGCAAAUAUCGAAUGCUUGUUGGGAAUUAUUCUGUCUGGAGCAUGGAAUCGAACCCGAUGGAAAUUUUAAAAAAGAAUAUGAACCUUUGGGCAAUAAAUUCAAAGCAUUUUUCACGCAAUCACAGAAAGGAUUGUUUACACCGCGUACCAUAGUGAUUGAUCUAGAGCCAACUGUAAUCGACGAGAUUAGAACUGGCGCUUAUAAAGAACUUUUCCAGCCGGAUUCUCUAAUUACUGGAAAUGAAGAUGCUGCUGACAAUUUCGCAAGAGGUUAUUACUCACUUGGUCAAGAGGCAAUCGAUAUAACAUUGGAUCGUAUUCGUAAAAUAUGCGAAAACUGUUCCAAUCUAAAUGCAUUUAUAGUUUUUAGAUCAGUCGGCGGUGGUACAGGAAGUGGUUUUACGACUUUAUUAUUGGAAAAGCUUAGUAAAGAUUAUCCUAAAAAACUAAAGUUAGAUUUUGCUGUUUAUCCUGCACCAAAUAUUUCCACUGUAAUCGUAGAGCCCUAUAAUGCCGUUUUAGCUACACACGGUACUAUGGAUUAUGUAGAUUGUUGUUUUAUAGUAGACAAUGAGGCAUUGUACGACAUAUGUGCAAGGAAACUAGAAAUACAUGGGCCAAUGUACACAAGUCUCAAUCGUUUGCAAGCACAAAUUGUUUCUAAUAUUACCGCAUCGAUGAGAUUUGAAAGUGCCAUAAAUUUGAAUCUCGAAGAAAUACAAACAAAUCUUAUACCAUUUCCAAGAUUACAUUUUCCGUUAAUGGCCUUUGCACCAAUUAUGCCUUCCUAUAAAGCAGCAUACGCCAAUAUAUCGGUGCAACAAAUUACGUCUGACUGUUUUGAUCCUGCUAAUCAUAUGGUGAGAUGUGAUCCACGUAUUGGAGCUUAUUUGAGCUGUUGUCUGAUAUAUCGCGGAAAUAUAAAAAGUAAAAGUGAGAUUAAUAACGCGAUUAGUUUUCUAAAAAAUACAAGAUCCAUACGUUUUGUUAAUUGGGCUCCAACAGGUUUUAAGACGGGACUUAAUUGUCUACCAACUGUUACGGUUCCCGGUGGUGAUUUGGCACCUUCAAAACGGACUGUCACAAAUUUAAGUAACAAUACCGCCAUUAAACAUGCUUGGACUAGACUUGCAUUAAAAUUUGAUUUAAUGUGUCAGAAAAAAGCUUUCUUUCAUCAUUAUCUGGCCGAAGGUAUGGAAGAAGGAAUUUUUGCAGAUUGUCGAGCUAAUAUAAGUGCUCUAUUAAAAGAUUACAAUGAAGUCGAAACAUAAACAUUUUACACAUAUUGAAAUUUCAUACUGCAUAAUAUGCAUAUGAUGAAGAUGAAUUAGAUAAUCAAUAAGUUAUUUCUCAUUGUAUAUGUAAUACUGA